UUACCGCCAUGAAAGUCAAAAUAAAACCACACAAAUAAACUUGUCAUUCCAACAAAAAAAAUAGUUAUAAAAUUUUAUUGACAAAAAAUGAAUAAUAGAUAGGUAGAUUGUUAGAAUUUAUACAGUUUAAAGUCAUGGCUUUUUUUCUUAGACCAUACUAUAGAAAACAUUUUUUUCAAAUCGUAACCCAACCGGCGAAAUAUUCCCUUCGAAAGAAUAGUCCUAUAAAUGUUCUUACCAGUGGAAUUUGCUAUCAAAAUAGUCAGAUAAAUAAUCUUAAAUCUGUAUUCUGCACAAGGUCGAUUCAUCCAGUAUUGGUACAGGUUAGACAGUAUUCUUCUGAAAACUUAAAGAAUGACAAUAAGGAACCGACAGAAGAAACUAAGAAAAUCAAGAAACAAGAUGAAUUCCCGAAACCUAAUCUUUUUCAACGCUUCAAGCAAAUGUAUAGAGAUUAUUGGUAUGUUUUAUUACCGGUGCAUAUGACCACAUCAGCUAUUUGGUUUGGUGGAUUCUACUAUGCAGUUAGAAGCGGAGUAGAUGUCCUUGCAAUAUUAGAGUGGAUGGGGAUAAGUGAGACAUUGAUGGCACCACUAAAAGACUCCAGUGCUGGAUAUUUUGCACUUGCUUUUGCUCUCUACAAGAUUGCUACACCACUACGAUAUGCUGUAACUGUUGGCGGGACAACUGUUGCCAUUAAGAAAUUAACUGCAAUUGGUUGGAUAAAACCAGUUCCUUCUACUGAGCGCAUCAAGGAAAUGCUUCAAGAACAGAAGGAUAGUCUUCAGGAUAGAUUCAAAGAAAGCAAAGAACACUAUAAAAGCCAAAUGUCAGAAAAACGCACACAAGUUAUGGAUGAGAUGAGGAGGUAUAAAUCAGAAAUGCGAAGUUUAAAAAACAAAGUUAAAAAAAUGUAAAUUUUUCAUGCAAUAUUUUUGUUAUAUCAUAAUGUGGUCUAACCAAGUGAAUUUAUUUUAUUAAUUUCUAAGUAUGUACUUCAGAACUGGAAAACUGUGACAUGAAUUAAAAUAUAUAUACGAA